UUGUGAAAAGGACAGUAGGCUAUACUACCACCAGUCUAUUAAGUCUGCACUUUUAGAAGUAAUCAUUAGAUAGCUGACAAUGCGAUAGAGUAUGACUUCAAUUGUUGCCACAGAUAACCCAAAGAAAGCAUUGACUUGAACCUGAGGAAUUACUUGAGUUUUCCUUUCCUACCAGGACCCUUUACGUGGGACUCCCUUGUUAAUUCGAAUAAUAAUUUACAGCAAGGUUCGGGGGGCGGAGCCGUGUUUCGUCAUGGCGGCAGGAGGAAAACAGAACAGCGCCUGACGGAUCUACAUUCAGAGCAGGAAUCAAAACAAGAAACGGACACGCCUUCUUCGUAGGUUACCUUUGCUGUCACAACUGCAUAAACCUGGAUGGAGAUAAUAUAGCUGUAAACAGUACCACCUGCAAUCAAGAAGAGAAUCAUUGCAUCUCUCAAGUAGGAUUCAAAUGGAAUCCGCAGAAAUGUCAGCCAGCCGUUGAUGGGUUGAAAGUAUUCAUAUCUGGAUCAGUAAAAUGCCCAACCAGAAAAGCAACAAGGGGAAGAGAAAUAAAAGGACUAAUAGUAGUGGAGAUGAACAAGAAAAUGGAGCCAGUGCUGCCGCAACAGGAGGAGCACCAGGGGUAACAGCAACAUUAUUAGGGGCUACAGCUGCACCGUUCAACGAGCAUAGAAGUGAGGCCCCCUGUGCUACCCCUCUUGUGUGCAGUCUGGCCAGAGACAUUGACCUUGACAAGGAUGACUAUCAACGUGUGGUGUGUAACAGUGAUAGCUGCCCUUAUGGCAACUGGAUGCACUUGCAGUGCUUCUACGAGUGGGAGAGUAGCAUCCUGGUCCAGUUCAACUGCAUUGGAAGGGCCCGCAGCUGGAACGAGAAGCAGUGCCGGCAGAACAUGUGGACUAAGAAGGGAUACGACCUGGCCUUCCGCUUCUGCUCCUGCCGCUGUGGCCAGGGCCACCUUAAGAAAGACACGGACUGGUACCAGGUGAAGCGCAUGACAGAGGUGAAGAAGAAGGUGCCUCUGGAGAAGAGUCUAGGGAAGUUGAGCAGCUUAGCUGGAGGGGGUGCAUGUGGAGGUGGGUUGGAUCCCCCUGAUGAUCCUAAAAGGGGCAAGCUGCCUGGGGGCAGUAAGCUGGCUCACAGAGCAUCCAGUCAGGAGCUGCCUCGCCGACAGUCAGUGGAUCGGCAGAACUCUCAGGAGAGGGGUCACGGAGGCCUAUUCUGUGGAAGCAGCCUGGGGCCCCGCUCACCCUGUGACUCCCCGGGUCAGUCCCCUCCGUCAGGCUUCUCCUUCUUCUCCCCGCCUGCAUUCACAGGGCCCCGCAGCUCCCGGCACCUGGGGGAGUUCCUGAAGAAUGCGGUGCACAUGGAGAGUCACCGGAAGCACAUGCUGGCAAGCGGCAUGCUGGGUCGCGGAUGCCACCUCGAUCACACCAUCCUGCCCCUGCCCAGACUCACCCCAGGGGACAACCCAGUGCAGUUCUUGCGGAGGCUGGACCUCACAGAGCUGCUGACCCACAUACCCAGACACAAGCUGAACACCUACCAUGUCCGUAUGGAAGAUGACGCCCAGGCGGGCCAGGGAGAGGACCUGAGGAGGUACAUCCUGUCGGCUCUGAGCGCCAGCCACAGGAACAUGGUCAACUGUGCCCUGUGCCACCGCACCCUGCCUGUCUUUGAGCAGUUCCCCCUGGUGGACGGAACCCUGUUCCUGAGCCCCUCCAGACACGAUGAGAUUGAGUAUGAUGUGCCGUGCCAUCUGCAAGGGAGGCUGAUGCAUCUGUAUGCAAUAUGUGUCGACUGUCUGGAGGGAGUCCACAAAAUUGUCUGUAUCAAGUGCAAGUCCAGGUGGGAUGGGAGCUGGCACCAGUUGGGGACGAUGUACACCUACGAUAUACUGGCCGCCACACCAUGUUGUCAGGCCCGUCUGAACUGCAAGCACUGUGGCAAGCCAGUCAUAGAUGUCAGGGUGGGGAUGCAGUACUUCUCAGAGUACAGCAACGUGCAGCAGUGCCCCCACUGUGGGAACCUCGACUACCACUUUGUCAAGCCAUUCUCCUCCUUCAAAGUCUUGGAAGCUUAUUGACAAAUGUGCAUGCAUGCUAGUGCUGUUUCUCUUGUUUCUGUUUUUUAUCUAGGCAACUUUAUUUUUGUCCCUUAAAUACUUUUUUCUGGGCUUUAGUUAUUGUUUUAUUUUGUAUGUAUAGAAAGAAUAUGACUCGACUAAAAAUGUCCAAGACAGCAUCUAUAUGAUUUCAGAAAAAGUUAUAUUCAUAAGACCUACAACGGUCGGAACUGUCUGGCACUUAAAAAGAUGAAACACAUAUACUGUGACAACAAGUGAAUGUAUCUGUAUGCCAAAUUUGCUUUUUUACAAAAGGAUGACAAAUAUAUAAUAAAGGAGAGAAUGAAAUGUUG